CACAAGGCAGUAUGUAAGCACAUACUGUAGUGUAUUCCAGCAAUGCUCAUUGUUGCUCCGCAAGGCUGGGACUUAUCCAUACGCGGGCUAAGCCCCCUGAGAGCAACGUCAUUCCCCUUGGCAUAUUAACCACUGUCCGCUGUGUGCGCUCAACACACCGCGACAGAGGACGUCAGGAUCGCACCCAACCUCAACGCGAAAUGCUUUGCGAACUAAACCUAACUCAAGCAAUCCUCCCCGAUUCCGCGCGUUUCGGAGAUGAGCCAUUUAGAUGCUCAGUCAUACAAGCGGGAUAAAUAACUCUACGGUAAAGUAGAAAGGUAAUUUAAAGUGGAAAGAGUGUUUGCGUGUAGCGAAUUUGGUAAAAGAAACCCCACAAACAGCUAACCUUUGCAACUUGGGGAUUUACUGUGGAGGCACUUUUUACUGAAGAUCGCGGGAUAUUCUUUGUCUAAAUAUGCCUAUAAGAAGAGGUCACGUUGCACCACAGAACACAUUCCUUGGAAUAAUAAUUCGGAAAUUCGAGGGACAGAACCGGAAAUUUGUGAUAGCUAACGCCAGGGUGGAGAACUGUGCAAUCAUCUACUGCAAUGAUGGCUUCUGUGAGAUGACAGGCUUCUCAAGACCAGACAUCAUGCAGAAGCCAUGCACGUGUGACUUCCUCCAUGGUGACCUCACUGACAAAGAGGCCAUCAACCAGGUGACACAGGCAGUGUUUGGGUCUGAGGAGCGCAAGGUGGAGAUCACCUACUACCGCAAGGAUGGGUCUGACUUUCAGUGUAACACUCAUAUAAUCCCAGUGAAGAAUGAAGAGGGCGUCGUGAUGAUGUUUAUCUUAAAUUUUGAGUAUGUUGUGGAUGAGGGAAGUGACAACUCCACAGAGAAGAUAAGCCCCACAUCCCCUACAAAGUCUGAUCAAAGGAGGAGUAGAUUCUUCCGUUUCCGCCAGGCUGCUUUGAGCCUGAUGAAUACCAACAAGCAAUCUCUUCCGCAAGAGGACCCAGAUGCUGUGAUGGUGGACUUGCCCAAAGAGGAUGAGGACUCAGUGGCCCUGGAGAGUUUCCCAUCACCCACCAAGAGCAUUUGCAGUCCCAUUGAGGCCAAUGACACACAUGCCCUCAUAGGCUCAAGCCACCACUCCUCCCAGGCUAGCAUCGGUCCUGAACCACUUGACCAUUCAUCCCCUAAACUCCCCUGGGAGAAACUCUACCAUUCGGAGCCACACCAGUCCUCUACCUCCCUGUCAAAUACCUUCCCCAGAGGCAGCAUCAGCAGCAUGAGAAGGGCCUCAUCCGUUCAUGAAAUUGAAGGCUAUAGUUCCAAUUCAAAAAACUUAUUCAGGGAUCGCCAUACAAAUGAAGGCCCUUUCAACCACGUGAAGUCCAGCCUUCUUGGCUCUACCUCUGAUUCAAACAUCAACAAAUAUAGCACUAUCAACAAGAUCCCCCUGAUUGCACUCAACUUCUCAGAGGGGACAGAGAAGAAGACCCACUCUCCACCAACAAGUGAGAAACCCAUCAUAGCACCAAAGGUUAAAGAAAGAACUCACAAUGUAACAGAAAAGGUCACACAGGUCCUGUCCCUCGGAGCAGAUGUGCUGCCAGAGUACAAACUCCAAACACCUCGCAUUGACAAAUUCACGAUCCUUCACUACAGCCCAUUCAAAGCCGUCUGGGACUGGCUGAUCCUGCUGCUGGUCAUCUACACGGCGAUCCUCACUCCGUACUCAGCUGCUUUUCUUCUCAAUGACCAAGAGGAGCAGAAGAGACGAGAAUGCGGAUACUCCUGCAACCCUCUCAAUGUAGUAGAUUUAAUUGUGGACAUCAUGUUCAUCAUUGACAUCCUCAUAAACUUCAGGACAACUUAUGUAAACCAAAACGAGGAAGUGGUCAGCCACCCAGCCAAGAUAGCAAUCCAUUAUUUUAAAGGAUGGUUCCUUAUAGACAUGGUGGCAGCAAUUCCGUUUGAUCUUCUAAUAUUUGGCUCAGGAUCAGAUGAGACUACCACUCUCAUUGGCCUGCUGAAGACAGCAAGGCUUCUGCGAUUGGUGCGUGUAGCCAGGAAGCUGGAUCGCUACUCUGAAUACGGAGCUGCAGUCCUAAUGUUGCUCAUGUGCAUCUUUGCCCUUAUCGCCCACUGGUUAGCCUGUAUAUGGUAUGCCAUUGGCAAUGUGGAGAAGCCUUACUUGGAACACAGGAUUGGCUGGCUAGACAAUCUGGGCGUGUCAAUUGGAAAGCGAUACAACUACAGUGAUCCUAACUCUGGUCCCUCUAUCAAGGACAAGUAUGUCACAGCACUUUACUUCACAUUCAGCAGUCUGACCAGUGUGGGCUUUGGAAAUGUUUCCCCCAACACCAACUCAGAGAAGGUCUUUUCCAUAUGUGUCAUGCUGAUUGGCUCCCUGAUGUAUGCCAGCAUUUUUGGAAAUGUUUCUGCCAUCAUCCAGAGGCUCUACUCGGGUACGGCCCGCUAUCAUGCUCAAAUGUUACGGGUCAAGGAAUUCAUCCGUUUUCAUCAAAUUCCCAACCCUCUGAGGCAAAGGCUGGAAGAGUACUUCCAGCAUUCAUGGACCUACACUAAUGGCAUUGAUAUGAAUACGGAGGUGUUAAAAGGGUUUCCCGAGUGCCUACAGGCAGAUAUCUGCCUUCACCUCAACAGGAGUCUUCUGGACAACUGCAAAGCUUUUCAAGGAGCCACCAAAGGAUGCUUGAGGGCCUUGGCCAUGCGCUUCAAUUCCGCUCAUGUGCCUCCCGGAGACACUCUGGUCCACGGUGGUGAUGUGCUCACUGCUCUCUAUUUUCUGUCGCGUGGUUCUAUUGAGAUCUUGAAAGAUGACAUUGUGGUAGCUAUCCUGGGUAAAAAUGACAUAUUUGGAGAAAUGAUCCAUCUCUAUGCCAAGCCUGGAAAGUCUAACGCUGAUGUGCGGGCUCUGAGUUACUGUGACCUGAGCACCAUUCAGCGAGAAGAUUUGCUGGAGGUGCUAGACAUGUACCCGGAGUUUGCAGAUCACUUCUUCAACAACCUGGAGCUUACUUUCAACCUCAGAGAUGACUCCACUAAGGCAGAUAAUCCCUGUAGUGUCAAAGAAAGUGAUUCAGAUGGUGAGGACAAUAAAAAUGUGAAAAGAAGAAUCUCUUUCACAGCAGAUCUGUCUAAAGGGGAAAGCAAAGAAAUGGUUAAAGAAGUUCAAAGGGAGAGAGAGUCUAACUCGUGCCUAAAGAGAUCUUCAGUAGUUCUGGGUCGCUCUUCACUCACAGUUCCAGGCCUAGACUCAGAUGUUAUUGUCAGAGACAGCUUGGACAGAAAACCACCUUUUGAAGAUCUGUGCUGUGAUAAAUGGGCCUGUAAGAAGCCUACAGACUACCUGGAUGAGUCAGCGCAGUUCCAGGACCUGAGAGAGGAUGAUAAUUCUGCCAGUGAAAUCACAUAUGGAGAGGUGGAACAACGCUUAGGUCAGCUUCAGGACCAUUUAAACAGGCUAGAAUCUCAGCUGUUAUCUGAUAUGCAGGCCAUCCUGCAGCUGCUGCAGAGGCAACCAACUCUGGGACCGCCUGCCUACAGCACUGUGACUGCUAAUCCAGACUAUCACAGAUCUGCAGUGAAGGUUCAGCCGGCUGCUCUGAAUGCAAGCCAUUUCUUUAGCUCUGCAGGAACUCAAGCCCCCAACCAAAAACUAGGGAGCACCAUUCAGGAAUCUAAAGACUCUGUGUUGAGCUUGGCCAGUGUGAAUGCACCCACUGAGGACAGCCUUAAAGAAUUUCUUGUGCAGAGACAUACAGAGGCACAACAGCAUCAACAACCAUCCACAGGGCAUCAACAGUCAGCACUGAUCCUUCUUCCACCUGAAAACUCUGCUUCCUCUUCUUCCAUGUCACCUUCAGACUCCAACCUCAAUGCCACUGGACUCCAUAAACCUGCCUCAGACCAAGAGUCUCCAAGGCCAUAAAUCUUUUCUGCAGCACGGUAUUCUAAUAUUGAGGUUGUAAUGCUGUAAUUACUAAGUAGCAGUUUCUUUUAUCAGCAUGCUGGCACAGUCAUCUGUGGCUUGGUAUUAGAAAUGAGAUGUUCUUACAUUGUGCAUGAAGACAAAACACUGUUUUACGUGGUUGACACGGAAUUAAGAAACUAUUCCUGCAGCUGCCAGUAUAAUAUGUAACAAUAGUUACAUAUUUUAACAGUAGUUCUGUCAAAACAGGAUUGAAUCCAUAAUCAUCAUCAUCCUCAUUCAUUUUUGCUCUUUAAACUUACAUGGUGAUGCCCACUUAAUCUUGAUGCACCUAUUUAACCCAUGAGGACAGCAUUUCAGCAUUUUUAAUUAAAUUCUUCUUACUCUGCAAGAAUGCUGGUCUCCACUAGGUUGUGAUAGAAAUACACAACCAAUGUGUUUUGCAAAUGCUUUUCUAGUUAACGGACUUUGUGGUUUUUGCAGACACACUAUUGCAGCAUUUUAUGUUCCCACACAGUUGGUCACACUAGCAUGGGUUAUGUGGCUUGGGUAAAAUCGAAGGUGUGGAUAGUGACACUAGCUCCAAGUGUAAGCAAGAAGAGCCGACUGACCUACCUCACAGUAGACAGGCUCCAGUCAUCAGACAAAUAGGGUUCCUCCUGCUGGUAUCUGCAAAACCAGGGAAAGACUGGCAUCUCCACCUCCCCACAGUGGAUACAAUAACUCACCAGGUUCUGCAGCAGAAUUGCCAAAAACACCAGGAGGUGCGGUGCAUAACAGCAGCCAGCUGUUCCUCAGUGAGGGGUCUGUGGAUGAUGAACAUUCAUGGAAAGUAUUAAGAAAGAUACAAAAAAUAGAGGAACUUGUGGAAAAAAUAUACUCUCAAAAAACAAGUUGAAGGUGAUGGUGGCACCACGACUACUUACUGUACUAGCAUUUCAUAACAUCUUAUGAGCAAUAGGUGUGAGUCAUUUAAAAGUGACAAAAGUGGGUCAUCUGGUGGAUAAGGUGCUAGUUUUAAGCUAACUAACAUACUACCAGUACUCAAGUGCAGAAUCCACAGAGAGCGGAGGCUGUAGAAAGCCAGGACUAACACACACUGCCAAGCAAAUUAAAAGUCUUUACACAAGAAUUUGCCAACAACCCCAUCGAGCCUUUUUUCAAUCCUUUCAUGCCUGUAGUCUGAAGAGGGAAAGGUUAUCUCUCCAGACGCUGGGUGUCAACAGAGAGCCGCAACUGUAUUACUCUCUGCCAAAGUUCAAUGCAAGUGAUCAUUGUUGCUUGUUAUACUUCAGAGCAGCAGACAAGAACACAUGAAAGCCUCAACUAAAAUAUUGUGAACGCUGAAAGGAGCCAACCCAUUACUGUUACCAAGGCUGGCUGGCAGCAGCUGAAUACAGACAUGUUUGUUUAGGCAGUUAACCUGUCCAACCUGAGACUUGGAAACAAAGAUGUGAGCGAGUCAUAGGUACCUGCACUGCUAUCAAAACACGUGAGCACCGGAAACGUGAGGAGGUGGCUUUUUCACAACAGAAAAAUGACGGCACAGCUUUUCUUUCUCCAUUUGCAGAAUGCAGUUCCUAGCACCUGACGCUGAGGCACUGAGUACAGUGGAGAUUAUCUUACAUGAUGCAACAGUCACGGAUGAGCCUGGUCAUUAAUGUUAGAGCCCGUUUAGAGUGUAAAGUCUGUGUGGGCACAUAAAAACAUUCCAGGCUUUAGGAGUAAUGAGUCUGUAUAUGAAAGAAAUAUAAGUCUUCUGUAGCCAUUAGUGGAAUACAGCAUUAUUACAAAUAAGAGUUUUCUGAUGUAUGUUGUAUGCCUGUCUUCUCUGAAGUGUGACUCAGGGGUUAUGGACAAUUGCACUGCAAUAUACUGUACAGUAUAAAAAAAAAAAAGACUAUGGUUUUCUUCUAUAAACAAUGUGCUUUAUUACUGCAAUGACUAAUGUGCACCUGGUGUACAAUGUUAAGCCAACAGAAUACACUAUACAUACUUAUCUGGAAAAAUAUAACAUGCAGAUUUGAGGGGUUUUUUUCGCCGUUUGGAGAAGUAUGAUAUAGACAUUUCUACAUUUAGAAAAGAAAUAGAAAAAAAUCAUAUCAAAUGUUUUGUGUCUUAUAACUUACUUUCUCAUUUUUCUCUUACAAUAUAAUUAUUCAAAAGUGUUAAAGGAACUCUGACUAUGAAGAUGUGCAUACCUGAUUAUAUUAAGAUUAACAGCAAUUUGAUUGUUAUUUAAAAAACGUUUGCGAAUUAAAAAAGUGACACAUUGUUGGAACAGUCUUGGUCUUAAUGUCUAGAUAUUACAGCGCGUAUUUUGUUCAACUGUUUUCAGGUCGACGGUGAAAUAAUACAGCCCCCCUUUCUUUUCGUUACCCAAGACUGUUUAGUCUUGGGUUUAGUCAGUUUAAUAGUCACACACGUAAACAUGGUCCAUAACGACCAGCUCGCGCACAUCUGCCAGCCACCUGCAUCCGAAGUGUCUGAUAAGCUCCAUCAGUCUUUGUUGGAGAACAGAAGAACACUUACGGGCCAUGUGGCAUUUGAUUGUAGUUGUUGCUUACAGCCAACAGCAUGUUUUUCCUGUUUUGGUUGGCUAAAUAGGGAACUAUGCCAUGUGUUUUUUUUAACACCGUGAUAUGAGAUCACACGAGUUGAAAUAAUCUGAGUUCCUUUUAAGUCAACAUUAUGUUGUAUGGGAAAAAUGUGAAAGUGGCCACUUAAAUGAGUGCAUCAUGGUUUGAGAUUUAAAGGGUUUGGGAAAACUUACCUAUGAAAUAUAACAUAUACUAUUGCAGCCUAUGGGGAAUUCUUAUUAGUUUUGUAGUUAUUUAUUUAUUUAUUUUCAUAUGGAUCUACAAAGCAUGCAUUUUUUUGAGUCUCUAUAGGCUUACCGUUUUGCACUGCCUGUCAGCCCAAAGUAGCACAUUACAAUAUAAAAUGAUGUCAGCAUACUUUACUCGGAUGAGGUGUUGGGGGGAGAAGAGGAAGGGGCACUGCGGGACACAAGGACACAUAGUACUUGUGCAUAAACAGACCCCAGAGAGUAUCUUGUGCCUAUAUGACAAAUCCAAAUGCUAAGACAGCAUCUUUAUGUAUAAAUAACCAUACAUAAUGAAUUAUAUAGUCCCUGUACAGUUUUUUUUUCUGUUGGCAAUGAAGGUUGUUGUUGUUAGACAUUUGUAGGAAAUAAAUACAUCCCAUUGCCAGAAAUGUUUUUUUGUUUUUUACUGAAUAAAUUACAUUGAGUAUUCUAUAGAACAUACAGUAGUGCAUAUGUUAGUUUUGAAACUGUGGGAGCAAUAAAUAAAAACGCACAGUUGGAGUUGUGUCGCUGGCUUUCUGUUAUUCAGUCCG